AUGGCGCAACGCGUCGGAAAUCAGUGCAGUAUUGUACUGUUUCUACUAAUGUCUGUCACUGCUGUUCACGGCACAAGAUAUAUUAUGACCGAAACAUGCGAGGAUCAAUAUGGUGCUGAUCUAAAUGGUAAACUUUAGUAUAUUGCUCAUUACCAGCCAGCUAUGCCCAGCAGUUCCUGACUGAAUAACUCUCAUGCCUAGUCACCAUUUCACAUGUGACGUCAUACUUACCAAAUGCUAGAAUUAUCUUGGCCGGCAUAACUGGUUGAGAAUACCUUUCUCCCAUACAAAAUUCGUAUUCCCCUUAUGAUAAAUUCCAUGUUGAAUCAUGUUUCCCCAAUUCAAUGUUGAGCUUGUGUCAUGGUAAUAUACCAAAAGUUGUUUUGGCGCUGUUUACAACAUUAAACUGGUGGGGAGGGGGUGAUGAAUCUUGUUUUGUCGAUGUGCAUUAGCUUUGCAAUAUUGGCUGGAAUGGUCUCAAGGGUGUUGUCCAAGAUCGUAGCUGACAAUUGACCAAAACUGCCAGAGCUAGCUGAGUAAAUGGCCUAGGUCUAGGCUGCCUAGUUACCACUGUUCCGAUAAUGUAAGGAAGAAUAUAGGGCAAAGGUGACCCCUCACACAAUUACACUGGACAAUUAAUUGAUGAAUCUUACUGGACCACAGGGAGAACUGAUAGAGCUAUCUAGUAUAAAUAAAGUUAGUUUGGUUUAGGUUUCUUUCUGUAGUAACACUGGACCAAUAAAGGGCGGUAUCUAGUAUAAAUAAAGUUAGUUUGGUUUAGGUUUCUUUCUGUAGUAACACUGGACCAAUAAAGGGCGGUACUUGCUGGACUUCUAAAGUGAACAGUUCAUAGAAUGUUUGAUUAACGAUAUAUGGAAAACAAACAGUUCAUAACUGAUAGAGCUAUAGCUGUGCAGUGUAGCGCAUCAAUUGAUAACAGUUGUUGUAAUGAAAGAUUUCACCUUACUGAAAUGCAGUUUUCAAUGUAUAAAUAAAGUUAGUUUAGUUAAGGUUUUUUUCUGUGUAAACUUGACCGAUAAGUGAUACCGCUUACUGGACCUCUGUGGGGGGGGGGAUGCAGAAUGGAACUGAUAGAGUUGUCGUGUACUGAUAAAGUUAGCUUAGUGUAGGUUUCUUCCAGUAGUAACAGUGGACUAAUAAUGCUCUUACUGUAUGUCUGGGGAAAACAGUUUAGAGCUGGUAGAGCAAUCCAGCACAGAUUACAGUCUCAUCAGAGUAUAAAAAUAUUUUCGUACUAAUUGUAACUAUUCUGAUCAUCUUAGAGAAUUUUGUACUCAACAAGCAAGCUACUCAAAGCAGCACCUCAAACAACGGUGCCGCUGGUCGCCUAGUGGAUGGCAAUCGUAACCCUUAUUUUGGAAACGACAGCUGCUCCGAGACUGCUGUCGGUAGCUCGUCAUGGGAGGUCAACCUGGGAACAACAAUCUACGUCACUUCGGUAACCAUAACAACACGUGCUGACGAUUACUGGCGGGAGGUGAACAAAUUUUCCAUCACCGUUUUGAAUGGUGGUGAAAAUUCGUUGUGUGCCUCGGGUAUGUUCCAGCAUGAUGGAGGGACGACUACCUACGUUUGUGAGAAAGUUGGAAAAGGCACUCUUGUACGAAUCGCGGUCAGUGGAAAUGGACAACUUUCACUUUGCGAGGUGGAGGUACAUGGACAUCCAAUGGACUUUUACGAAAAUAAAGGUAAAAGGCCGACUUUCGAUAUCCCGAAAUGUUGUCACUAUGUUAGGGGUACGGUCAGAUUGGGAUUAGGGUAAGGGUUUGGAAAUAGGAUUGGGAGUUGGGGUUUGCAUGGGUUUCGGUUAGGUCUUGGUUAAGGAAUAGGGUUACAAUUUGAGUUGGGAUUAGGGUAAGGGUAAUGGUAGGAUUUAAGUAAUUUGAAUUAGGGUUGGGAUUUGGAUGAAGACUUCGUUAAGGAAUAAGGUUACAAUCUGGGUUGGGAUUACGGUAAAGUUAGGAUUUAAGUAAUUUGGAUUAGAGUUGGGACUUGAGUUAAGACUUGGUUAAGGAAUAGGGUUACAAAUUGGGUUGGGAUUAGGGUAAGGGUAAGGGUAAAGGUAGGAUUUAAUUUUGAAUUAGGGUUGGGAUUUGGGUUGAGAUUUGCUGGGCAAGGGUCGGGAAUAUAAGAAAUUUUCUAAAGAACAAGGGCCACAAUUUUGAUCACUUUCGUGUAUCUGUCCCAACAUAUUUGAAAAUGAUUGUAGACUGAGUUCCAAAGUAUCAUCCAGUCGAACCGACUUGACCUCGUAGCUCAGUUGCCUUAGAGCGCUCAGUUGAUGUAGCAUUCGGGGCUGGCAAAUGAAAGACAAAGGUCGCGGGUUUGAUUCCCAACAUGGCGAAGCAAAAUGUUUAGCUUGCCCUGUGCACUCAACCUCGUUGCGGUACACUCAGAGAGUAUCAUCUUGCUGUGUGUAUACAUUACUGUUAUAAAUAAUGUUUAAAACAAAACUAUUAAAUUGAAAAUUUGAAAAUUACAAUUUAAUUUGUUAGUAAUAGGAUAUCUGCGAAUGGUUUUUUAAAACUUAAAAGCAGAGGAAUACAUUGGUAAUUUUUGUUUCCUUCGACCAAAUGUGUACCACGCUACUAAUAUGCAUUUCAAAUCAUGCAUUUCUUGUUUGUUUAAAGUAUAAAUGCCUAUAAAUGCCAUAUAAUAAACUUUUUAUUAACCUCGCUUGCUCGGUCUUUACAGAGAAAUAUCGGACCUCGGUCGUUUUGUACAAACCUCGCUCUACGGGCAGCUCUGAACACUAAAAAGACCUCGGUCCGAUAUUUCUCUGUAAAGACCUUGCGCUCGGUUAAUAUAAGAAGUUAAAGUGGCACUCUCGUCUAAAUUUUUAUUUUCUUAAACGAAAAUGCUCUUAAAACUGUAUAGUAACUUGUUUUAAAGAUUUUUGUUCCCAUGCUUAGUUCUUGAGAUAUUUCAUUUUGUUUGUAACCAUGUGACGUCAUCUACUCAAUUACAUAUAUAAUGAGAUAUCAGUAAUUUUUGUGUAUCUUUGCCAUUUUUAUCAAAAUAUUUCCAAAUAUGCGGCCCGUUUGUUAAUUUAACCUAUAUCAUUAAAUAUACUGUUUUUAAACAAAUCCAUCAAAAAUUAGCAAAGAUACACAACAAUUAAUGAUAUCUCAUUAUAUAUGUAAUUGAGUAAAUGACGUCACAUGGUUACAAAAAAAAUGAAAUAUCUCAAGAACUAAGCAUGGAAACAAAUAUCUUCAAAACAAGUUACCAUACAGUUUUAAGAGCAUUUUUGUUUAAGAGAAUAAAAAUUUUGACGAGAGUGCCACUUUAAUAAUUAUUGAAGUACUAUUUAAAAAAACGAGCAGGAGUGUUUUAUUAGGUUUAAAGCCACGAGCGCGCAGCGCGAGUGGCUUUAGACCUAAUAAAACACGACCUGCGAGUUUUUUAAAUGGCUUCAAAAACGUUUGCAUAAUAAGUCAAAUCUUUAUAUAAAAAUCUUUAUAUAAAAAUCUUUAUAUAGUUUGCAUAACAAUGGUCUUUUGUUAAAGUGUUCUUUAGCUGGUAUAAAGACGUAUGCACGUGACUAAUUUCUUACUCGAGAUUGGAUAAUUGCUUCAUGAAUUAUUAAUGAGUUUUUGAAAUGUUUUUAGUCAACUACGCAUUGUCACAACCGGCGAAAAUGUCAUCACCUCCAUAUCUUGUACAUACUGCCUCUAACGCGGUCGAUGGUGUACGACAUGUAAAUUUGGAUACUGGGUCUUGUUUUCACACCACCAAAGGCCGAGGAGAUUGGUGGUUUGUUGACCUCGGCG